AAAAUUCUUCGUUGAGGAUAGAUCGCUAUUUUUUAGGAGUAAAUUAAAUUCGAACGAGUUCAACGAAUAUUUCUUGUGCUUUGAUAGACACAGAAAAACAAAUCGAUCAAAAUGUUCAAGAGCCAUUUGGAAAUGAUUGGGCGCAAUGAGAGCCCCAGCAAGAAGGCCAAAUUCUGGCAAUCCUACAUCAGAUCCCUGAAGGGUUCCGAGGAUAUUCGCGCCCAUGAGGCACCAAAAGCCAGCCGCCCAUACAGCUCCUACCUGGAUUCGCCCACCUACAGGAGCAUCUAUGAUGAACCCUCGACGGCCAAUGAGCGUGUGCAAUCAUCUGGCUACAGAUACUUGCCAGUGAGCCGUGACACCUACGGUUACUCGCCACGUGCCAUCUAUGAUCAUCAUUACAGCAGAACAAUUCCAGCUAACUACGAUGCAGAGAAGGCCUGGAAUGAUCAUUUGAAGCGCAUGCAAGAAAUUGAGCGCAGAUACCCAUCUCGCUAUGGUCUCUACUUGAGAGACAAGCCACUCACACCAAACUCCUUGGUGCCUUUGGAAUACGAGCCAGAGGACAAGUUGCUGGCACAACUCAACAAGGCCCGCCGUUCGCCUUCUCCCGUCCGUCCCAGCCGCUCUACCCGCGCUGGCAGCGAACCCUAUGUGCCACCACCAGUGUACUGGAAUCGCGAUGGCAGUGUGCCACGUGGACCAUCGGUCUUUGAUCGUGCCACCAGCUUGGCCCCAUUCACACGGCCAAGUUUCCGUGCCAGCUCUCUGGAACCAUUGGAUGAACUCUUUGAAAGUAAGUUGCCCGCGAUCAUUGAGGCUGAGGCAGCAGCAGCAGCACCGGCAGCAGCAGCAGCUGCUGUUAGGCCAAGCAUUUUUGAGCGUGCCGGCUCGCCAAGUCCCACUCCUGUCAAAGCCGGUCGCUGGGGACCACGCCCCACUGAAGUCGCCUACGAUGCUGAGGGACUUCCAAUCUUCCAUCCACGCAACCGUUUCCGUGAUCUGUUGAGCCCAAGCCCCAACUUGCCGAUCUCAUCGAUUGUUCGUGAUCCCUUCUGGUGGGAUGUGGAUGAUUUGGUGCCGUUCCGUGCCACCUCGGUGCCCCGUGCCUCGAGCCCCGUUGCACGUGAUUCGUACUUGUCGCCGGUGAAGAAUCGUUACUUGUGGUCGAAGCACCCAGCCAGACCCCUGACACCUCACCGCUCAAUUUUGUAAACGAACGAAAAAACGAACUAAACAACAUCAGAAAACAAGAAUACCAACAACGAAUGCAUCAAAAAACAAAAUAAAAUAAAAAAACAACAAAAAAAAAAACAGGGGCCCCCAAAAAAAUGAACGACUUUCACCUCUUGAAGAACUGGAAACUAACUAGUUAGUUAAUGUAGUCUCAUCUCUAUAUCCUCAACAAGACGUUUGAAUUUUUUCAAAACUGCAAAACAUUUCUCGGACCAACAUCUUUUCCGGGAGACUGUACUCAACAUCUAUUGCCAUAUCAAGUGCGCCAUUUCCCGCAAAAAAACCCGCAUAGAAAACAUUUUUAUUUUACAUCUUUUCUAAUCUUUAAGUGCAAUUAAAUAUGUGAACAAACAAAAACAUAAAAAAAAAAAAUGAAAUCGAUUUACAUUUAUCUUACUAUGUGCAUAUAGUAUGAAAACAACAAAAUCUUUUAUGAUCUUGGCCUCGUUCAAAAUGAACAUCUGCGAUGCCUGCCAUCAUCAUAUAGAAUUGUUCCUUUUUUGUAUAUUUUAGCUGCUAUAUAAUAUAUAUAUAUCUAUAUUAUGAUUACUUUUUAACAAUCUGUAUUUGUAGUAAUGUGAAAUUUGAAAAUUUGAAAUGAAAAUAUUUAAAUAUGCAACACACCAAAAAGCAGCUCAAAUAUUUUCAAACUAAAAACAACCACAACAAACAAAAUUCAGUAAAAAAAGUAAAUAAAAAAACUUCUAAAAACCAAAA